CCUUAUUAUUAACAUGCGGCCGCAUACAUAUGUUACCUCGAACCAGAAGCGAUGUUUGCCGAGCAGCGAAGACACGCAUUACACCAUUAUGCAGCCAUGCUAGGUGUCUUACAUUUGCUUAUGUCUGAGCACAGGAAUGAGUUUGGCUAAGGACUCGGUGCUCUUUGGUCUUGGGAGUCUUGCAGCGCUGCUCGCUGUUUCCUUUGGGAAGCAGUCGCCAUUAACAGGACUGCUAACCGAUGAUGAAGGCGCCAAGGCAAAAACGGUCCUUUUCCUCGCAACGGUCUUCGCUACUCUUCUCUACGUCAAGGGACGUUGGAGCGCCAACAUAUCCUCACAGAACAAUGGUGGUAGCGGCGUCGACCAGGAUCGCAUUCUGUCUGGAGGCAGGGCAACGGCCAGGGUGGAGGAGGACACGAGUGGCACAGGCCAGCCCGGGUCCCGACCCCCUGGGCCGGGGCGCCCGUCUGGCCUCGGCCCAGGCCGCCCCUCUGCGGUGUCCCCAGCUUCCCCCGGCUCCGACAUGUUGACCGAGCUGCUGCGCGCGCUGACCGCUGACCGGGACGCGGCUAGCCCGCUACGCCGCACGCCCUUUUCUGAGCUGUCGGACGCCGCGGGCGAGUGCCUGGUACUGGUGCUGUGCAGCGCCCCUGCCGCGGCCUACCGCCUGUCGUACGUUCUCCCGUAUGACCGUUUUAAGGUGGCUGUGUUGGACUCUUUGGAGCGCUGCCUGGCCUUUCUGGACGAGCUGCCGUACAGCCCUGACGUCAUGGUAGUGGAGGAGGACGACCUGGCGGGCGGGGCGGCGGCAGCAAACACGGCCAUCGCUGCCGUGCGUCGGCGCUUCGGGCCCGCGGACCUGCCCCUGCUGCGAGUCAUUCGCAACGGCGGCCGCAGGCUAGCAGCUGCGGGCUCGUUCGGGCACACUCCAUGGGCGCAGGCGGCGGGCGGGGCGGGUGGCGUGGGGGCGGCGGCGCCGGGGCUGGGCGCGGCGGAUGUGUUGUUCGCGCCGUUCGAGUGCGCGGAGCUGGAGGCGCGAGUGGUGGCGCAGGUGACGCUGCGGCGGCUGCACCAGCAGCGGGCCGCUGCGGUGGCCACGCUGUCGGUGCUGCGGCACUUGCUGCCGCCGCCCGCACUCGCCGACCUGUCCCGUGGCAGCCAGCCCUGGGCGGCACGUGCGCAUGCCGAGGUGUCGGUGUUGUCCGCGGUCCUCAUCGACCCACACGGCCUGGCGACGUCGCUGGCGAAGGCGCACCUGCAGGCAGCGGCGGGCGGCGGUGGUGGCGCAGGCGGUGGUAGCAGCGCCGUCACAGGCGGCGCAGGGCCGCACGGGCACCGGCGGAAUUUGAGCGGCGGGGCAGUGGGCGAGCAGGGCGGGCUGGCGCCGGCGGCGCUGGUGGGCGCAAUGCACGAGGCGGUUGCCGCGUUUGACGGGCUGUGCGACAUGCACGGCGUCAUUAAGAUUGGGACCACAGGCGACGAGUUCGUGUGUGCGGGCGGGUUGGAUGCUGCCGCUGACGGGGGCUUGGCCAGCGGGGCCUCUGGAGGUGGCGGCGGCGGCGGCGGCGGCGACCACCUCCAGCGGUUGCUCCGGGUGGCGGCUGGCAUGGUGACGGCAGUGGGCGCGCUGCAACAGCAGCUGGCGCUGGCGGGAGGGCCGCCCAUGGCUCUGAAAAUAGGGUUGCAUCUGGGGCCGUGCGUCGCAGGCGUGGUCGGCCGCAUACGGCCCACCUACACACUCGUGGGUGAUGCGGUCUCGGCGGCGGCGUGGCUGCGGGCGCACGGCCAUGCCGGGUGUGUGCACGUCAGCGCCGCCGUGCGCGACCGCAUCUCCAUCCUGCAGCAACAGCAGCAACAGCAGCAGUCCGCGCCCGGCAGCCCCAGCGGUGGCGGUGGCGGCGGUGCUGGGGCCGGCGGCGGCGUAGGCGCAAGCACUCGACCCGGCGGCGGGCUGUGGGGGCCGGCGUCGGCCGGCGGGGAAUUCGAGUUCGUGUCAACUGUGACACGUGGCGUGCCGCUGGGUCCGUCAGGCCUGUCUCGCACCUAUUGGCUAAAGGUUGGCGACUGGCGCUCCGCGCUGACCACCGCAUACGUGCCGGCGCGCGGCGGGCUGGCGGCCGCCAACACCGCGGGCCGCAACCCCGUGCGCCGCUCCACACACAGCCGCCGCGCGCUCAUGGCCGCCGCCGCCGCGGCCGGCGCCGCCGCAGCCGCAGCGUCCUCAUCCGGCGGGGCCGGCGGUCCCACUGUGGGGAGCUUGCCUGCCGCGUCGGGCUCUGGAGGCGGACCCGGACAGGCGCCGAAGGCCGGCCUUGGCGGCGCUCGUGGCUCUGUCGGCGUCGGCGCGGAGUCGGCCGCGGCGCCGGGCGGGGCACCGGAGGCGGCGGCUGCGCCGGACAGCAGUGGCGGCGAGGACCGCCUCUUAGCUGGCGCGCCUGCGCCAGUGGCGGCGCCAGGGGAGCCUGCUGGGCAGUCUGACGACCGGCCAGGCCUGGGUGCCAGUACCGGCGGCCGUGGCAACAGGGCACCACACCGCCCGCCGCCGCGCGCCUUUUCCUCCCCCACCAUCGACCUCUCCCGCGGCCAGGCGGCGACUUGCGCCCCUCCGGAGCACGAGGAGGGCAUUGCGGAGGGCGCGGAGGAGGCGGCGGAGGCGGGCGAGGCGAUGUGCGCUCCAUUGGCGGAGUCGCUACGGCAGCAGUCGGACCCCGCAGGUGACAGCCGUCGCCUUCAUGACUUGGCGGAUGCGGCCGCAGCGACCGCGGCGGCGGUGGCGGCUGGUCUCUCGCCAGGCCAGGAUCAGGUGGGCAGCGGCGGCAGGCGGCCGACCACGGCCAGCGCGCCGGGCGCAGCCACGGCAGCCGGCGCCGGUGGGAUGGCUGUCCCCGGACUGGCUGCCCCCGGCACCUCGGGCGUCUCCUUCAGCGCCAGCACACACACGUCUCUUACGGUCUCGGUAGGCGCCCCCGGCCAGACGCCCAGCACCGCUGGCAGCGCCAGCAGCGCCAACGCUGGCGUGCAGCUGGCGGGCGAGUGGCGCGGCAUGGCCGAAUACGGCGCGGUCGCCGCCGCCAUCGCGCCGCAUCCCGGCAUGCUCACGCGCGCGUCGCAUCGCGCCCCGCCCAUGCGCAACUUCUCCAACCUCAGCAACGCCACCUCGCUCUUCGCGCCCUCGUCCAACUAUUCUGGCGGCGCCGCCACCAGCGCCGUAGGUGCCGGCGGCGCCACCGCCGCCGCGGGGCCGGGGGGAUCUGUCGUACACGGCAGUACGAGCGGCGGGCUGUACGGCGCAGGCUGUACGAGCACGAGCGACUCGUCCUUUUUGCAGCGGUUGAGCGCCAUGCCGCCGGAGCAACAGCUGGCGCAGGUUGCCGGCCUAGGGAUGGCGGCGGCGGAGCCGGCUGGCGGCGCCGCGGGCGCGGUGGCGGCGGCGCCGCCUCUUCACUACCAGCGCCACCACCAGCACCACCUCUCGUCACACCAUCCCAUGGGCGCUCCGCCGCCGCCGGGUGCUGCGGUGCUUGGCCCCCAGCCCGGACUUCACCCACUCACCCCAGCCAUGGGCCUGAAUAUGGGCAUGGGUCUUGAAAUGGCCAUGGGCGUGGGCAGGGGCGUGGGCGUGGCAGCUGGCGGCGGCCCGCCUCCUCCCGGAUCCUUCCUGGCCUCGCUGCAGCAGCAGGCGCCGCCGCUGGGCACCACGGUGGUGUAUGGGCCGCUGCUGGGCGGCCUGCCGCCGGUGGUGGAGGACCGCGGCGCCGCACAGCUGGGCAUGGCGUACGGCGACGCCGGCAGCAGCGCGCUCCGCGGCUACGGUGGAAUGGGUGGAAUGGGUGGACUGCGCGAAGGUAUGGGCAGCGGCCCGGACGGCGUGAGCGGCUCGUUGGGCGGCUUCUCCACGGCGCUGCACAACCUGACGGCCAGCAACAACACGCACACGCACAGCAACGCGCUCCUGAGCAACACGCUGUUGGCGGCGCAGGGCAUACACCUGCAGCAGGGCGUACACAACUUCGACCUUACCUCCUCCGCGCUGCCGCUCAUCGCAGCCGCGGGCGGGUCAAUUGGUGCCAGCGGCGGCGGCGUGCCCGGCGGCCUGCUCGGCGGCGGCGCCACGCCGACAAUGCUGGUGGGAGGCCGCUGGACUGCCGCCAGUGGAGGUGGCGUUCUUGGAGUGGGUGGCGGCGGUGGUGGCGGCGCUGGUGGCGGCGGCGGGGCUGGCGGUGGGGCUGGCAGCGGGGCGGCUGGUGUAGGUGUGGCGUCGGGAGGAGUGCCAGCCCUUGGGCCCGUAGCCGGCGGCGGCGGCGCUGGUACCGCCACCGCUGGUGCCGUGGACGUGCUUAUGGCGGCAUUGCACCUCGGCACCAACAGCGGCAGCGGCUCCGCCGGCGGUGCCGCCGCCAACGGCAAUGGCACGGGUGCCGCACCUGGCCUAGGUGGCCGUGGGCAACCGGCCUCGUAUGGGCAGCGCUCGGCUGCAGUGCCCCCUCGCGGCGCCGCCGCCGGCGCCGGCGGCAGCAGUGCUCCACCCGCCCCCCGCUCGCCACCUGCAUCCGCCAUCUCCCAAUCGGAGCUCGUUAUGCUCCUCGACAUGAACAGCGACGCCGUCGGCAGCGCCGGCGCUGCAGCGGCAGCGCUGGCAGCCGCCGCUGCCGGCGCCAGCAGCCCUGGCGGCAGUGGCGGCGGCGGCGGCGGCGGUUUGUACGGCGCUGGUAUGGAUCUAGGCGGCGCUCAUCCUCAUGACAGUCACGACCUCAGCGCCGCCGUCAGGUCGGUGUUCGGCAUGGACAGCGGCAGCGGCAGCGGCGCCGCCGCCGCUGCAGCCGCCUCCAGGGUGCGGAUGCCGGCAGCCCCUCUAUCCGCAGGGGCCACCACAAACACAACCGCCACAACGGCAGCUGCCACCGCGCCUCCAAGUGCAGAGCUGGAAACUGCCGCCGCCGCGGCAGCGGCGCCCGCCUCUCGCAGAGGAUACGAUGUCGCUACGUCCGUCCUAAACGGCGGCAUCGGCGCUCCUAUCGAUGUGGCCGCACCAUCGUCACCACCUGCCCCUGCCCUCGCUGCAAGCCCUGUCGCUGGUUCCGGCCCCGGCACAGGCCCAGGCUCAGGCACAGGCACAGGCACGGGCGCAGGCACCUCCGUCGCGGCAGAGCUGUUCACCGGCGUGACCUCGCCGCCGCCGCCCUCGCGCGGCGACAGCGUGCCACAGGUGCCGAGGGCGCCCGUGGUGCCGGGCGCGCGCCCAGCCGGCAGCGGCGGCGGUGGCGGCGCCCUGCACAGGCCCCGCAGCCCCACCCAUGCGGCCACGCAACCGCACCUGCAGGACGCCGAAAGCUCCCUGCCGGCCGCAUCGGAGCCGGAAGCCCAGGCAGCCGCCGCCGCCGAGGCAGCGGCCGCCGCCGCCGCUGCCGGUGGCGACGCCCCCGGUAGCGUCGCAAGCUUGGGGCCCGCCAUGGUUGAAACCGCCGCCGCCGGCCGCGGCGCUGCCGCCACAGGGGGCGGCGGCGCCGCCGCCGCCGUGCCGUUGUCUGGAUCCACGAUCCAGCAGCUGCCUAGCGUGGUGUCCCUGAGCACCAACGACCUGGCCAAGCUGCUGCAGGUGGCGGGGCGCAGUGUGGGCGGCACCAGCGGCUCGUCCAUCACCUUCCCGCACCUGCAGGAGCUCAUGUCGGCCACCCUGCGCGACGGCCCGCCCGGCGCCUCCGGCGCGGGCGCGGGUGGGCGGCUGGGCCCGGGCCAGGCCCAGGGCCCGAACAGUUCGUCGUACUCCUUUGGCCUGCUGCAGAGCCAACUACAGCUGCUGAAUGUAUCUAUGGACGGCGCCAGCCCCUCCCGCGCACUGGACAGCUCACUCGUCAGCCCGGGCGGCGACGGCGACACCACCUCACUUCGCAUUCUAGCCAGCCUGCUCAACGUCUCACCCGCUAGCGGCGCCGUCAGCACCAGCAGCACCUCAGUGAACGCCCCCGCCGUCGGCAGCUCCGCCGCCGCCAACGCCAGCACUUGGCGGCGCCGGUCGCAGGAGGUACAGAAAGUGCUGCUCACCGCUGCCGCUCACGCCACAGUCGCCGCCAACGCCGGCGGCAGCGCUGCCGGCAGCGGCAGCCACGCCAUUGUAAUCGGCGGGCCGCUGGCGUCGUCUGCCAACAGCGGCAGCAAUGGCGGCGGCAGCAGCGGCGCGCCGGGGCAGCAACGGCUGGGCCGCACGGCCUCGCUGAGGCUGCUGCUGCAGCAGCUGCAGCAGCAGCUGCUCCUGCAGCGCAGCGGCGGCGCCGGCGCAGCCGGCGCAGUCGGCGAGGUGUCUUCCUCCGCCAACGGCGGCGCCAACGCCGACAGCGGCGAGGGCGCGGCUCGAGCAGAGAGCCAACAGCAGCAGCAGCAGCGGGCGCCGGACGCCAGUAAUCGGCCGGACCUGGGGCCCUGGCUGGCGGACGCUGCGGCCGCGAGGGGCGCCGGUAGCGACAGCGUUGUUGCCUCGUCCGGCAGCGGCGGAGCGCUUGGCGCAGCUGCUGCUGCUGCUUCUGGCGACGGUGCCGCGGCCGCCGCUGGCACUGGUGCGGGCGGCGGCCGUUCUCGGGCGAUCGUGGACGUGGGCCUGUUGAUGCCGUCGGGCUUCUCCAGUGAGGGAGCGGGCGCGCAGGGUAGCUCCCCAACUGAGGCGACCGCGGGAGGUGGCGGGCGGCGGACACGGCCCGCGGCAGGGCCCCGCGGCGGCUUCAGCCUGCUGUCAACUGUGCCGGACUUCCCCAGCAUCGGCGGCACCAGCUCCACUGCCUCACGCGACCUGCCCGCCGGUGUCCUUCUCCCGGGCGACGGCGGCGGCGCCUUUGUGGCUGGCGGCAACGCCGGCGGCACCGCCGCCUCCACGCCCGCGCCCACCGCGCCCCUAUCGCUUCUUUCCGGACACGGCGACUCUCAGGCCCACGGCUUCCAGUUGUCACUGCAGCAGUUCCAGCAGUACAUGCAGGCACGUGCGGGUUUGGGUGCCGGCGGCGGAGCAGGCCGCCCCGACGACGCCGCCGCCGAAGCGGCGGCGACCGCGAUGGCUGCAAACGGGGCCGCGGGACUGGCCCGAGCGGACCGGGGUGCGGCAGACGGUGCCGCCCAGCCCGGCAUGCUGGCAGUGCUAGCGCCGCUACUGUUGCAGGUCGAGGACAAGGGAGCCGGUGUGGAAGUUGGCAGCGGCGAUGGUAGCGGCGGCGGCGGCGGCGGCGAGCGCGUGGCCAUCACGCCCAGCGGCAUGCAAGACAGCGGCGGCGAGGGGCUGGUGCUGAUGCGCGUGACGUCGCUGCCGCCAGACAGCAGCGGCACGGUGCCGCCGGCAGCACCGCCGGCGUGGGGCGGCACACCUGAUUCCAGCGCCGCGCCGCCGUCGCCGUCGCCGUCGCCGUCACCGUCACCGUCACCGCGAGAGGCUGCCGCGGCAGCAGCAGCCGCCGCCGCCGCCGCGGCCGCCCUGGCUGCGCAGGCGCCGGCAGGACGUCCCUUGCCACUCCAAGCCCCCGCGGGCCCUGCGGCCGGCGCCGCCGCCACAGCCGGCCCCGCGGCGGCCAGCAUCGCACAGCCGACGCUGCCGCCGCAGCCGGCGGCAUCGCCUUCGCACCGGCGCUCCUCCAUGGACCAGUUCGGCGGUUCCUUUGCGCCGCUGGCUCGCGCCGCGCAGUCGCAGGUGCCGGCCGGCACCACCGACGGCGUGUCGCCAGUGGCCGUGCUGAUGUCAUCACUUGGCGACAUCGUGGCCGCAGCUGGCAUGCAGCCCGGCAGCGGCGGCCUGGAUGCGCGGCCGGGCUCGGUGACGACGGCAGUGCCAGCAGCGGGCGCGUCAGCGGCGCCCACGGCGGCGGCGGCGGCGGCGGCCGCGCCUCAGGAGAAGCCGCUUGACCCCCUGGGUACGGAUGACUUUUCCUCAGGCGGCGGCGUGGCGGGUGCUGCCGGGAUGACUUCCUCAACCAUCCUGCUGUUCACUAACCAGUCACUGGCUGGCGGCGGCGGCGGCGGCAGUGGCGUCAGCGGUCCACUGGUGGCGGCGUCGCCGGCGGGCGCGGCUGGGGUGGCCGGGGUCAGCGGCAGUUAUUUGGCAGGUACGGGCGCAGCCGACAGGACCGGCAGUGCCAGCCCCGGUGCCGGUUCCAGCGCCGGUGCCGGUGCCAGCGCCGGUGCCGGCCGCCGCGCUGUCAGCAGCAUGGCCACCUCCCUGUUCCGCCGCAAGCAGGCGGCCGGCAAGAACCACCCGGAGCAGCAGCAGCAGCAGCAGCAGCAGCAGCAGCAGCAGCAGGUGCACUCCCGGUCGCAAGGGGCUGUGCAACGGCAGCAGUCGGUGGGAGGAGGAACGCUCGACAGUGGUGCGGCGGAUGGGACCCACAGCGCUACCGCAGCCGCAGCGGCAGCGGCGGCCUCGGUCGGCAGUGGGGGCGGCAGCGGGCGCAAGCUGGCAGGCGUGCUGCGCUCGAUGUCACAGCAGUUGCGUCGAGGGUCCAGCGGCAAGGCCCUCACACAUCACCUGUCCGUGUCGGCACAGCUGGCGGCAGCGGCAGCUGCGGGGGGCCCGCACAUGGGGGACGAGGCACCUCGCUCGCCGCUGGCAGCUCCGGACGGCGCAGGAGUAGGGUCCGGCGUUGGGGCCGCGGGGUCUGCUGCGUCUGCGGGCGGGACCGUCAGGUCGGGGCCGCAUCAGCCCAUGCCGCGUGUAGGCUCCAAGAAACUGCUGGGGCGGCUGUGGGGUGGGCUGCUGAAUACGCGCUGAGGCGCCUCUGUGAGCAUUUGUCGCUAUUCCAAUCAGUUUCCUAGUUGCCCUUGGUCGAGUGUUGCAAUGUAAUUGGAAUGGCGUGUGCGCCGAGGUUACCCUGUAAUUUAGAAUUGUUGGUUGUCCAAUUGCCGGUGUGACGAGCUGCUACUCUUGACUCUGAGCGCAACUGCCCGCAGUGGCGUUAAGCAGUUAAGCUGCUACAGUGUCAGGACUACGAUAUAGUUGGUGGAGGUUUAAGCCUAAAGGUUGUCCCAAGCUUCAGGGUACAGGCUUAGAUCACAUGCCGUACAUCCUAUAGUAACAGAUGUUCCUAUCGUUGUGUUGCAGAAAGCUAACAAAAGGCACCUUCCCCGCUGCGUCGCUUUUACAUGAAGGUUGCUUUAGCACCUGGUAAUGACAACCGGGCAUUGCAACAACAGGGCCAACCCGUGCCCGUAUGCUGUAACAUAAAUGAACGCAUGUGGACAUCUCAGGCCUUUCUCCUGAUAUGUGCAAGCGCCAGGUUGGUAUUGAAGAUGCUUUUAGGAACGAUAUGUGCACGAUGCCAGAGGGGGCUGUCGGAGCUAGCAUGUGCGAGGUGGCGGAGCGCCGAGAGAAUGUGUGGUGUGCGUGCCUUUGCCUAUGAACGACUUGACCGUACGGUAUACACGUGCAGAUGGCGGUGACGGCGGUGACGCUGCUGGUGAUGAAGGCGGCGGGGAAGGUGGAUGAGGAGGCAGGCGCGCACCCGGCACAGCGCUGCGAGUGGCGGCAGCAUAAGCGGCGGCAGGUGCUGCCGCCGGCGCUGCCGCUGCCGCUGCUGUGCAGCAGGGCGGCGCGGGAGACGGAGGAGGCGCAUACGGCUAGAUAGCUGUGUACACUCGCCGUCCGGCAGCAGUCCUUUGACGAGGGAAGGCCGCUUCGACGGCUGAUAGUCCCGACACCAAUUGUCUAAACGCCGAAGGCGAAGGCGGUCCCGUCACUGGAUGGUGGCCGCUCCGUGCGGGUGGGGCGCGGCGCCUGGACCAGGGGGGGCCUGAGGACCCUGGUUGACCCCCGCGACCAGGAGAAGAUGAAAAGGCCGCGGACAAUGCAGGUCUGAGUCCACUUCGCUUGGCAGCUUGCAACACAUCCUGGACGGCUGGAGGGACGUGAAGAUGCUCCAGUCCCGACUGCGGCGUGUUUCAUAUGACUCGCUAGUUGCUUGCUGUUGAGUAUGGGAUGCGAGGAUACAGGUGCGAUGCCGCAAUCAGACAAGCGCAGGUUAGGCGAUGACGGUUAAGCGGGGGGGGGGGGGGGGGGGCGGGGCUGCCAUCCUAGGAUGGCCCCCAUUGGAUGGAGAGUGAAGCACCGCCAUCCCCAAUACCUUUGGUCCAACGUAUGUUACGAUUCUGGCACUCCAGAUCAUACUCAGACUUC